AUAUCUCUCCACCCCAUUGGUGGGAGUGGGUUUAAACACUUCCUGCCCGGCUUUUAAAUUCAGGCAUUCGCCACCAAUUUCAUUCGGACUGUCAGGUCACGUCACCUCCAGCAAAGAUGACAACAUACACAGACAAAGGCGAGAAGCAUGAGCAGGGCAGAUUCCUCUGCUUUGAUCACUUAACGUUCUGGGUUGGAAAUGCAAAGCAGGCUGCAUCGUAUUACUGCAACAAGCUUGGAUUUGAGCCUGUGGCUUACCAAGGUUUGGAGACAGGCAGUCGUGAAGUGGUGUCACAUGUAGUCAAACAAGGCAAGAUCAUUUACGUGUUCUCGUCCGCCCUCAAUCCUGGAAACAAAGAGAUGGGGGAUCAUUUGGUUAAGCAUGGAGACGGAGUGAAGGACAUUGCAUUUACAGUGGAGGACUGUGACUUUCUUGUGCAGAAAGCCCGGGCGAGAGGGGCAGUCAUUAUAAAGGAACCCUACACUCUGGAGGACAAGUAUGGUAAAGUCAGACUGGCUGUGCUGCAAACCUAUGGUGACACCACUCACACAUUUGUGGAGAGGACAGGAUACAGUGGCUUGUUUCUGCCUGGUUUCCAUCCUCCUCUGUUCAAGGACCCCUUACUCGACAAACUCCCAAGUGGAAACCUGGACUUUAUCGAUCACGUUGUAGGAAACCAACCAGAUGAUGAGAUGGUUUCAGUGGUGGAAUGGUAUCAGAGAAACCUUCUCUUUCACCGCUUCUGGUCUGUGGACGAUAAGCAGCUUCAGACAGAAUUCAGCGCCCUGCGCUCAAUCGUCGUGGCAAACUACGAGGAGACCGUGAAAAUGCCCAUCAAUGAGCCUGCGCUGGGGAAGAGAAAAUCUCAAAUCCAGGAAUAUGUGGAGUACUAUGGAGGUCCAGGAGUGCAGCAUAUCGCCAUGAACACUUCAGAUAUCAUUACUACAAUCCGUAACCUGAAGGAGCGCGGGAUGGAGUUCAUGUCUGUGCCAGAGACCUACUACGACCAGCUGAGAGAGAAGCUGAAACACUCAAAGGUCAAAAUCUCAGAGGACCUUGAUGUCCUGCAGGAACUAAAGAUCUUGGUGGACUACGAUGACAAUGGCUACCUACUUCAAAUCUUCACUAAGCCGAUCCAGGAUCGCCCCACUGUGUUCUUGGAAGUCAUUCAGAGACACAAUCACCAGGGCUUUGGUGCAGGAAACUUCAAGUCUCUUUUUGAGGCUAUUGAAGCAGACCAGCACGCUAGAGGCAAUCUGACUGUUCUGACACCAAAUGGAGAUUUAAAGAAGAUGUGAACUCGGUGAUGCAUUCAUUCAAGAGCUCAGAAAACAUGCUAUAUCCAUCAACUUAGUAUAAAACGAACGCUCUAUUAAACAUCCUUAUGCCUGAAAAUGUCUCAUAUUGUGAGAAAUACACAAAGCACGUAUACAUAUGGUUUUCUUUAUUUUGUUAUGUGUUGAAUGUUUGUUUUUUGGUUUUGUUUUUUUACAUUUAAUUGUUCAUUUUAUGUCUUUAUCAUUUCUCCUGAUGCUUGCAAAAAUGAGCACAACAUCAACUUUAAUGCAGUGCUUCCAGUUUGUAUAAAACAUCAACAGGAAAACCAUUUUUAUUAACACAAGCUUGACUCAAGCAAAACGUCAUCCGAGCUCUCAUAAAUGAAAACAUUUAACUAUACACUUUGUUAACUUUUAGACAGCGAGGUCAACAGAAGCUGGGAGAUUUGGCAGGAAGUCUAGGAUGUGAUUUUCCCCUCCUGUUUAAAAGAGACCACUCUUGGUUUUUGUUUGUUUUUCUCAUAAACUGUGAUAACUCUCUGUGAGUCCCAAGUGUUUGUUCCGGUCCUGAUUUAUAUAUUGUUUAUGGCAGCUUAGUAUUAAACCAUUAUUCACUGAG